AAGAUGCCUCCCCAUUGCACCAGACCCACACCAAGCUCUCAAACCACUAAGCGCUGUAGCUAGCAAUGGCUUCCAACAAGCUUUACACCGCCAUUUUUGUGCUCUCUUUGCUUUUUUCCUCAACAUUAACCAGUGCAUGCCGUUCAUGCAGGCUCCCACCUCCCACGCCAGUGUCGCCACCCCCGGCGGAGAAUGGGUCUUGUCCCACAUUGAAACUUGCAGCUUGUGCAGACCUUCUUGGAGUAGUUAACGUUGUGGUUGGAAACCCUCCUUCUGGGAGCGAUUGCUGUGCUCUGAUUAAAGGUCUGGCGGAUUUGGAAGCUGCUUUGUGUCUUUGCACUGCCAUCAAAACCAAUGUGCUUGGAACCAAUUUGAACGUGCCAGUUACACUGGGUUUACUCCUUAGUGCAUGUAGCAAGACGCUACCUCCAAACUUCCAAUGUCCCAGUUAGGAAGCUGCUGCAUGUUCAUCCAGAUAUCUUCUUUCAUUAUGUGUUGUGUCAUUCAUAUACGUGGUCAUUAUGUUAUCCGUUUUUAUUUAUUGUUCGUGCUUAGUGUGAUUGUUCUUUCAAAUAACCAGGCAAGCCAUUUUGCCUAUGCUUGUUGUAAUGUGUUAUUCAUGUUGUGACUCAUUAAUUUAUUCUCUGGUUUGAAGUUGGAUA